AUGUCAAAAAAUGGCAGCCGCAAACGCACAGCCUUGACUUCGGGGCGUCUUACCAAGGGCAAAAAACCACGCAAGCCGCUUUCUGAGGAUGAAGAAAGCAAUGAGUCAUCUCUAUCAGACCAGGCACUGCAAGAACCACCAAAGACACCUUCACCUAUUUUUGAUGAUCCAAUGUUGAAAUUACCAGAGGAGUUACUGAAGACAUUCUACAAAACACCCGGUGUGUUGCUGAUUUCUGGACUUGUAUCCUGGGAUCUGGUGGCUAAGAGAGACAACAACCCCUCUAAACGCACACACCCAAAUCUGUACACCUUUCAUAAGUUUACUGAUUGCAAGUACCGUCUGAUAGUAAGUGGAUGUAGUGCUGGCCACUCUAUACUGGUCUCUGAAGAGGGCGAGGCUUAUACUUUUGGACGUAAUACUUGUGGUCAAUUGGGAUUUGGUGACACGGUUACCCGUAAUGUACCUGAAGCUGUACCAGCUCUAAAAGGCAUGAAUAUUAUUCAUGCUGCAGUGGGCAGACACCAUUCACUGUUUGUUACUGAUACAGGAGCAGUGUUCGCUUGUGGCGACAAUAAAAGCGGCCAAUGUGGCGUUGGCAACACCACGCCUCAGAUCCUAAAACCCAUACGCGUGAGACACACUGGAGCACCUAUCGUGAAAGUAGGAUGUGGCGCCGAAUUCUCAAUGAUACUGGACUGCAAUGGGGCACUUCAUUCAUUUGGAUUGCCAGAAUACGGCCAAUUAGGACACAACACCGAUGGUAAAUACUUCUUGACAUCUACAAAGCUGUCAUUUCAUUUUGAGACUGUCCCCAAACACAUCGCACUUUUCUUCGAAAAAUCCAAAGAUGGUCACGUCACGCCAGUAAAGGAUGUGGAUAUAGUCGAUUUUUCCUGUGGAAAUAACCAUACAGUGGCUAUAGACUCCAAAAAACGCGCGUACAGUUGGGGUUUCGGCGGCUUUGGUCGACUUGGACAUGCGGAGCAAAAGGACGAAAGCGUCCCACGCCUUAUCAAGUACUUCGAAUCGCAGGCACGAGGAGUGCGCUCUGUACACUGCGGUGCUACAUACAGUCUCGCCAUCAACGAGAAUGGGGUACUUUUUAUGUUUGGGCAGACAAAGCGAACCGGAGAAGCCAAUAUGUAUCCUAAACCAGUACAGGAUCUCACUGGAUGGAACAUCCGAAGCGUAGGCACUAGUAACACAUCCAUAGUGAUAGCUGCUGACGACUCGCUAAUCGCCUGGGGUGUCUCGCCAACUUACGGAGAGCUGGGAACUGGAGACAUUAAUAAAUCCACAGCGCGGCCUAAAGAAGUCACCCGAAUGGAAGGGCUUAACAUUACACAGGUUACUAUGGGUUUCUCGCACACGCUCUUGCUGUCCGAUGACUCGACUGAAGAAGUGAAACAGAAGUUAGCUACAAUGCCCACAUUCAAUCCUUAA